AUGGGCCAUGGCGAAAGGGAGCAAGACCAUGAAGUGUGGGGAACGAGGAUGAAGCUGAGAGAGCAGGACAGGCACGUGCGAAGAGAGGAUCCCACCUCAGCUCGCGUCUGGCCGGCCUCCUCCUUCCUCGCCCAGCAGCUCCAGACUCUCGUGGGUCUCGACGGCUUCCGGGGGAAGCGCGUGCUCGAGCUGGGGUCAGGGACUGGCCUACUGGGGAUGGCAGUGGCGGCACAAGGAGGAUGCGUGACGAUGACCGACAUGCCGUACACCAUUGUGUUGAUUGACCAGAAUGUGGAGUUGAACAGUCACUUGUUCGCUGCUUGUAAUCGUCCUCGCACUGUUCCAUUUGCUUGGGGAAGGGACACCUGUUAUACUGGGGGGGAUGGGACUUACUUGUACAAGAUACCCGGAUGCCGCUGA